AUGAACUCCAACGCGCUGGGAACCGGUCGUCACCGCCGUCAAAUCUCCACCCCAGUUGCUCCAUACCAACCAGUCAUGACCAAUAUGCAACCCCAUCGGUCACAUCGUCGAGGCCAGACUGUGGACUACACCUCCUUCAGUCAACAGCCCAAUGUCGACCGACACAUGCCGAAGACGGUCUCGCAGUUGCGAGAUUAUUUUAACGAAAAAUCAGGUUUCUCAUAUCAACCGAGGGAUGUACAGCAGUAUCAAUCCUAUGCCCAGCAGCCCGAGCAGUCUUUCAUCCCACAUGGCAUGCACAUGCAGCAGCCAUAUCAAUAUCAACAACAGUCGCUCGGGUCUGACUGCCAGGCUUUCAACCAAGAACAAUUGCAAGCGAUCCACACCACCACUGGCAGCCCGGCGCCCUCUUCCGUCGGUGCUCCGGCCUUGUCCCGAUCAGCCAGUGAGAGCUCCGAAAAUACACCAUUGAAGCGUGCGCUGCACCGUAUGCAGCAAGAGCAAUUUUCAAACCAACAACAGCAACAAUAUGUCGGCAAUGCCGAUUGGGAAUUGUACUCUCGGCGCAACAUGCCAAUCAUCCAAAACGAGCAGGUGACGGCCUAUGCCGGACCGAUGCACCCAGUCUCUGUUCAACCAAAGGCUCCGUCUGCGAAAAUUCUUUCGCAAAUGUCUACUGCUUGUAUGAAUCUUUAUGUUGAAUUUAACCCGACCGAAACUGACUAUUAUAUGCCAGACUCCCCCUUGACCCCCGAUUCUACCCCAUUGAAAAGAUCUAUUGAUUAUUCCAUGUACAGCAAUGUCCCAACACCUUCCAAGUCCCAAAGUUUCUCAUUCCCCCAUAACCCUGCUACUGCUGAGAUGCAGAGAGCCCAGUCUUUCCAAGGAGCCCCCUAUGUCAAUUCUGUGCAGAUUAAGCAGCAAAUGCCCUCUCCGGUGAAUUCCCCGAUUAGCACGUUCACCGAAAUUGCCAAUAUGCCAUCCCCGAGUUCAUAUGGAAUGACGCCUCAAAAUUCCAACAUCUCAAUCACAUCUUCCACUGGCAGAACCAAAAAACGUGCCCCGUCUACUGUGUCGUCUCCCAACGAGCUAGCCGCUCACGAUGAUGACCUUGACGCCCGAGUCAAGGCUUCAGUCCAGGAAACCGGCGUUUCGACUGACGAGAUUGCCAAGUUCAUCUCCGGCCCCGACCCCAAAGAUGGAAAGUGGGUCUGUCUAUUUACAGGCUGCCUUUGCCGCUUUGGUCGCAAGGAAAACAUCAAGUCCCACGUCCAAACACACCUCGGAGACCGUCAAUUCAAAUGCGACAUUUGCGAAAAGCACUUUGUGCGCGGACACGAUCUCAAGCGCCAUCUCAAGACACACAGUGGCAAUAAGCCCUUCGCCUGUGCCUGUGGCGCCAGCUUUGCUCGACAGGAUGCCCUAACUCGUCACCGCCAGCGCGAUAUGUGUGUUGGAGGCUUCACCGGUGUAGUUCCAAAGACCACCAAGCGCGGUCGCCCCCCGAAGAAGAAGAACAGCCGUCCGGAUCUCGAUACUCGCCAGGCCAAGUCCACUCGUACUCGUCAACGUGUUGCUGAAAAAUCCACCUCAAUCGCUUCAGCCCAGACCCAUGCCACUCUGCAAGAUGCUCCCGUGUUCAACUCGCCCAACUAUGCCCCGUCCAGUGCUGUCUCAUCGUAUACGCCGCCCACCUCUCCCGGAGACAGAUACCACACAAUGUCCCCGCCAUGCCACACCUACAACCCUGUGAAUGCCCGGCUUGAGGAUGACAUGCUGCCCUUGUCACCACCUCAACUCGCCCACGCUAGAUACGAACAGGCAAUGGCUCAGUACGCAUCGAAUUUCAGCUCGCAGACAUACUCGCAGGAAUCCACCUACUCGCAGGAAUCUCUCUAUAGUGAAUCUGCCCUCUCGCCUCGGGAGAUGUCUUCUCCUCGCUCGGCGCCCACUCUGGCCGAAUCAUCCGUCAGCUCGGAGAUCGAUAUCUUCAUGACCCAAGAUCCCUCCGAGGACUUGCGACAGGAGUUCGGCCAUCUCGCUCACUCGGGCAUCCCUGGUUUCCCGACUUAUCAAUUCGUCGAUGCAACCGACUUCGCCCCUGUCUCGUCCUAUUAUCCCGAGAAGACCUUUUCUGGUAUUGAUGAUCUGACGGACCCAAUCGACUGCUUGUCCAGCGAGUUCCUAGUGGACCCUUGA